AUGACUUCUUAUUCUCCUCAGUCAUCAGCCGGCCAUGUGAUGGUUUCUUCCGCCGGACCAUCCAGAAGAACCUCCAUCCGGCGUACUCCUGUAAAUAUAAAGCCUGCUGCAUCAUCGAUAAGAUCACACGCAACCAGUGCCAGCUGUGCCGCUUCAAGAAGUGCAUCGCUGUGGGCAUGGCCAUGGACUUGGUGUUGGACGAUUCGAAGCGCGUGGCCAAGCGGCGUCUGAUCGAGGAGAACCGGAAGAAAAGGAAGCGGGAGGAGAUGGUCCGGACGCUGCAGACGCGGCCGGAGCCGAACAGCGCCGAGUGGGAGCUCAUCAGAAAGGCCACGGAGGCCCACCGGCACACCAACGCCCAGGGCUCCAGCUGGAAGCAGAAGCGCAAGUUCCUGUCGGACGACAUCGGCCAGGGUCCCGUCGUGCCCACGUCCGACGGGGACAAGGUGGACCUGGAGGCCUUCAGCGAGUUCACCAAGAUCAUGACGCCGGCCAUCACGCGCGUCGUCGACUUCGCCAAGAAGCUGCCGAUGUUCUCGGAGCUGCCCUGUGAAGACCAGAUCAUCCUGCUGAAGGGCUGCUGCAUGGAGAUCAUGUCGCUGCGCGCCGCCGUCCGCUACGACCCGGAGAGCGAGACGCUGACGCUGAACGGCGAGAUGGCCGUGAAGCGCGAGCAGCUGAAGAACGGCGGGCUGGGCGUGGUGUCGGACGCCAUCUUUGAUCUGGGCAAGAGCCUGGCGCAGUUCAACCUGGACGACUCGGAGGUGGCGCUGAUGCAGACGGUGCUGCUCAUGAGCUCAGACCGCUCGGGGCUGACCAGCGUGGGUAAGAUCGAGCAGUGCCAGGAGGCGUACCUGCUGGCGUUCGAGCACUACAUCAACUCCCGUAAGCACGACAUUCCUCACUUCUGGCCCAAGCUGCUGAUGAAGGUGACGGACCUGCGCAUGAUCGGGGCGUGCCACGCCAGCCGCUUCCUGCACAUGAAGGUGGAGUGUCCCAACGAGCUCUUCCCCCCGCUCUUCCUGGAGGUCUUCGAGGGCCAGGACGUGUGACACUCGGAAGAGAGACGCCCCCCCCCCCCCCCACAACGCAAAAGAACCCUGAAGGAAAUGUUCUCGUGAGGGGGGGAAGUGGAGGAGAGAAACGAGAAAAACAUGGAUUUUCUUCUUCUCCUCAGUGUAAAUGUGCCCGUUAAACCUCUUUGUGUUUGUUUUCCUCAAGCAACUCCUCCUAUGGCACCAGCAAACACCUCAUCCACUUCACCGGACACACACACACACACACACACUGCCAUGAACGUAUGCAAACACGAAGCUCCUCCCCCACCUGUACGAACAAACAGCUGGACAACACUAACCUCGACGCGGAGCCUCGACUACGACCUCUACUUUAUAUUUUGUAUUUUUAUCUCUGGCACCAUCAGCUCCUCAUACCCCCCCUCCCCCCCACCCCCCCAUCUCCGACCCGUCCUCUGUCCUGACCUCUCCGUCUCACGUACACACAGAAACACAGACAUAUAUAUGGAUAGAAAUAUAUCAUUUAUAUAUAUAUAUAUAUAUAUAUACGUGCGCCAAGCACACCCCAACACUGUUACCUCAUCUGUUGUAAAAUAUGUAUUUCCACAUUACCGUGUGGGUAGUGGGCGGCACAGAGCCGCAGUGACCAUAUACCUCGCUGCUAGUGUUAGACGUUACGACGGGAACCCUUUGUAUGAAGCCUUUAGCUCCAGUGAAUAUUACAGAUAGAUAUAUUAUAUAUAUAUAUAUAUGUAAUAUAAAUAUAUAUAAAUAAAUAUAUUAAUAUAUAUUAAUAUAAAUAAAUAUAUAUAUGAAUAAAUAUAUAUAUAAAUAUAUAUAUAUACGCAUUAUUAUUCCGUUUCUUGCGUUUUGGUGUGAACGCAGCAUUACGAACGCUGUCACGCUAUAACAGAAUCAAUAGAUUAUAGAUUAUGCCAUUGUUAUGAUACAUCAUGAGCAUUUUCAAAAUAAAAUACACUGUCGCUGAAGGCUACAUGGGAAGUGUUUCCACCGCUUUUAUAGUUUAGUUUCAAACUUUGUUAAGAGAAGAUUUUAAAGUCUGCGUCAUAUUACUCAUUACACUGAAAUACAGUAUUUUAAUAUAUAUAUAAAUAUACAUAUAUAUUGCUAGAAUACCUCACCAACACAUACCUCCUGUUCUCAUGAUCUCACACACACUUACAGCCAGGUGUUUUUAUCGAUGCGUUACCUCAGUUGUUUUUGCCUGCCUCAAUAAGCAGAAACACACUUCCUGUCUCCGCCCUGUUCGUCGCACCGUGGCUCCGCCUCCUCAUCUCAACCUCCCGCCACCGUGUGAUGGGUUCAGCGCCGCCACGUGGUGGAGGCGGAGGUGGAGGUGUCACCUGAAGCCGACAGAUUCUACCUCACCUCUCAUCUCGCCCGGUGCUCUGCCGACGCAGCGGGUCUCUUUGAAGUGACUUCUGUUUCAUCUUUACCACGAGGGACCGACAGUCACUUUGGAUUCGUUUUUUUAUUUGGGAACCCGAAAGGACAAAACUAGGACAGCGGGGGGGGGGGGAUUUGUGCCGAUUGUACUUUAAAGGAAACCGUCUGGGGACGACGGCAGCCGGGACUCCAGUGGACGCCAUGUUGGCCAACGGUGCGGCCGAGUACGGCCCCGCCCCCCAGACCCCGGGCCGUUCGGACGGCGUUCCCGAGCGGCGGGCCGAUCCCCGGAAAACGUGACAAUAAGAAUCAAGAACUUCUGAAAUAAGCUCCACCCACCGUAUCCCAAACACGACGGAUAACUAUCAGGUUUUUUUCCAUUGCACUAAAACCACAAAGUCUGUACCCCCCCCCCCCACUUCUCUCUCUCCCCCCCUUCUCUCUCUCUCCCCCCCUUUGGUGUUUCCUGCCGUCUUAUUGAUGAUCUCUUUUGUAUCUCACACAUGUUCCGUUAUCUCACGUCUGGAUUUCCCGACGAGGACGGCGAGCUCAGUGUUACUAAUCUACAUUGCAGGGUAUGGAAAUAGAUCCGUAAGCAUUGACUUUACAGGGAUACACACACACACACACACACACACACACGCACACACACACACGCAGCAAUAGGAUGAUCAUGAAGCAGUCCAGGUCCACAUCCGUGCUGCGCUCUGCUCACCGUCACUGUGAAUGAACCGCGACAGGGAACCACCGGCUCAAUGACAGACACACCAGAUACAGAAGCAUAUAUUUAUAGACAAAUGGAGAUAUAUAUAUAUAUAUAUAUAUAUAUGUAAUAAUGUUAUUGUACGUGGCAUCAGAGAAUGAUCCGAUCGUGACCCCGUCCCCCGGGUCGCGUGGCGGUCGGAGCUCAGUUGACCCGAACGCUUCGAUGUCCGCGGCGUAACGGGCGGUCGACGUCGUUAACCCUUCACCCGCCGUACGGCUUACCUCUGAAUCAUCUCUCACAGCACAAGAAGUACACAAGAUCAGGUCCUCUCUCUCUCUCUCGCUCUCUCUGUGUCUCUCUCAGCCAAAUGAUCACUGGAGAGCACCUCCUCCUCCUCCUCCUCCUCCUCCGAGUCCUCUUUACAAAACAAGAAGAAACUCACCAGCACCACAGAGCACACUGCCUUCCGCCACGAUCAGUUGCACCAGCAUAGCAGUGGGUCCACUAGGUCCAGUGGGUCCAUCAGGACCAGUAGGACCAGUGGGUCCAUCAGGACCAGUGGGACUAGUAGGACCAGUGGGUCCGUCCUCCAUCCAGUCGGCCGUCUCCCCUCAGAGGGUCGGCGUGUCCAGUCGGCUCCUCCGAUCGAAGCUCACGUCGCUUCUAGUCGCCCUGGAUCAAGUUCGGGCUCCGGGACUCUCGACGCGGAUUCCUGUUGCCGUAGCGACAGAGCAAACCGUCUCCUCCGUCUCGACCUUUACGGCGCCAUCGAAGCUUCUGGACGUUUUUUCUUCUUUUCACGCCAUAAAAGGAGCAUCUACCUUUGUUUUGUUUUUUAAAGGACUUGCAUCUGUUUGAACCUCGAUGGAGGAUAAGAAACAGAAAUGCCAUCACAAGAUAACUCUCUCUCUCUCUCUCUCUCUCUCUCUGAGACAACCAACCAGCUAUGAUUUGAACGUGACGCUCUGAGACGGUUUCUCUCAAGCCGCCUCUUUCAAAGUCAAACCCCUCGUGUCUCGACCCGGGGGAACUCGUCCGUGGGUCAGCACCUUGUUCUUCUCGUUCCCUUUACAACCUCUCUCUCUAUUUAUUCCACUCUGUCCUCUUCGUACCGACCUCCGUCUUCCCUUCCCACACACACACACACUCUCACGGAAAAUCUUCCCCAACUCAUGCGAGCGCUCUGCAGGUAAACCAGUCCACACGUGGAAUGUAAGAUACUGAAGCGAUGAAAGACGCGCCGUGGGGCUCCGCGGCCACGUUGUUGUUUCCGAUGUUGUCGACGUUGCUUUCGUUGUGCACCGAGCGUUUUUUUGGUCGUCCUGCUCGUUCUACUGAAGAGUGGCCACGCCUCUACUGACGAAGACCUUCUCUACUACCGGAUGUUCACUAGAGACUUUCGGGGCGAGGCGUCGGAAGCAAAAGAUGACGUGGUUUUGUUUGGGUAGUGAGAAGAGGAAGAGAAAAAAAGCUUCUGUUUUUUUUCUUCUACGAUUAUUCUUUAAUGUCGUUAUUAAUUUGCGUUUCGAUUUCCUCGGUAAGUGUCUGGCCGUGUGUCGAUACUUUUCUGUGAUGAAAUGGAUGUUUAUGCACUUUUUGGACCAUCGUCAUUGCAGUGGUAGCUGUAGUGCUCGGAUGUCACCACAAGGGGGCCAGGGUUCGAAUCCCCUUCAGUUCAGCGGAGGAGGACUCCGUCCGUUCACGGGAUUUUAGGAUUUCAACUUCUCAGUCGCCUUAUUCUGGUGUUACGAUGUUCGGCGACUUGUGAUGUAUUCGUAAUGGAGCCGGCUCAUUGGUCACAUCGGCAUCGGGGCUCAUUCAGGUGACUCGCGUUAUUCAAAGUAUAAACUGGGUAACAUUUAGUGCAGGGUGAAUCCUCUAAGAUUUCGAACCAUUUUAAAGAAGAAAAAAGAUGAAUUUGAUAAAAACAAAUAAAUAAAAGGACCCUCUGGUUCUUUAAAUCUAUCUAUAAGCUAUUAGAGGAGCUACAGCUAACGAGCAACGGCUAACAAGCUAUAGCUAAUGAGCUACAGCUAACGAGCUACAGCUAAGAAGCUACAGCUAACGAGCAAUGGCUAACAAGCUACAGCUAAUGAGCUACAGCUAACGAGCAAUGGCUAACAAGCUACAGCUAACGAGCUACGGCUAACGAGCUACAGCUUACGAGCUACAAGCGGCUACUUGUACAUCAAAAACAAUAAAUGACACUCGUUGACCCUACGGGGGCAUCUGAUUGGCUGUGACUUGGGCUUUGUGGCAUUUCUACAACCACAAGUUACAAACUCUGUAAGACGGGUCAACGCGCGGCUCUCGUGAGGUCGGGUGGCCAAUGGGCCAAAGAUUUCCAACCAAUGAGAAUGAAGCAUUUCCUCUCGUGAGCCUCAGUUUCACUCGAUUUGAUUUUCCGAGGGACUGUACCGACCCGACGUCGUGAGGGAAGACGAAGCGGUUUAGAAUAACAGUUUAGACGUACCAUAAUCUUCUAAUUGUUAAAUUGAUGUAUUGAAUAGAUGAAUAACACUAACCCCCCCCCCCCCCCUCGCUCAUCGUUUCCGUACAGUCCCUAUCGGCUCUCUAUGGAUGCUUGCAGCAUUGUACAAUUAUCAGGUUACUAUUUUAGUGGAAAUGUUUUGUACGUUUAUUGUAGAUUUAGCUGAACCGCGAUGAACCUGAAGCGUCUUUCCACACCGCUCGGCUGUUUCACUUCAUCUGGUCAAUAAGUUUAAAAAGAAGACAAGAAGAAGAAGAAGAAGAAGAAGAAGAAGAAGAAGAAGACCACAUCCUGGUCCCGGCCGCAGACCAGGGCUCAUCUAGCGAUGUAUAACUCUGUCGUAUAUUAAUAUCAAUGUCGUGACGAUAUAUAUAUUGCAUUUUAGGAGGAGGAUUAAAAAACAAUUGCCUCAACUUACAAAAAGGAAAGUGUCCAAGAAACCAACGGAAAAAAUAUAUAUAUAUAUACAACUGUUCAUACCUCAUUGUUCUGCGUUGUGCCAGAGUGACGGAGGGAGGGCGAUCAGUCUCAAGCUGAGAAAUAAUACAAAAGGGCGCCACAGGGUCUCGGGAAAGAUUAAUAUGUGGCCACUAAUUUUUUGUUUUACAUCAAAUGUAUGUGGGGGAAAAAAUUGCCGACUUGCUUUUAGUUUUGGACGCGAGCUCCAAGCUCCUCCCCCAAUGUACGCGACACUGAUAGACUAACAACUGCUUACAGGAUCCGUUCAGGUUGUUGAGAGAAAAAAGAAAUACAAAAAAAAGAAGAAGUUUAACGACCGCAGCACUUACUUUAUGUCUAUAAGCAAUCGACAGCACGAGAUACGAAGCCACGCCUUCGCGUAUUUAGCCCCAGCUGGCAGAUAUUUAUUCCAUCUCCACGUGUGACAACCCAGAGGACUUCAUCGGGGCGAGUCGGGGGAACAGAACGAUCUAAAGUAGUCGUUUUCUCAAAUAAACGCUGCUCCCGCCCCCAAAAAAAGCUUUCGAAGAGAGAGACGCCGUCCGCUUCGAGCCUUUCGAAAUAUCCUCAACUGCAAAUAUGCAACGACGCGCUUCUGUCGGCGUGCGUUCACAACGGGCCGCUAAAUUGUGCCUUGAACAGGAGAAUGUUCGGGGGAACCCCAAAAAAAACGUCCCGAAGCGCUAUUCCCACGAUGAAAAAAUGUCCUCUCUCGUUCGCCGUGUCGUGCGGCGGACGCCGGUCGGCGCGCCGUUAGCAGACGUCGCGCGACGCCAGACUAUGAAGCGGUUAGCCGAGCAGCCAUUGUGUGUUUUUUAUUUUGUUUCUUCUGGAUUGGCACAGCACAGUGUUGAAUGUAAAGAUGAAUGACGUGUUUUGUAACGGGCACGGUUGUUGUUGUUGUUUGUCUUGUUUCCUGUGACGAAUCAUUCAUGGCACAACGGAGAGGACGGCGGCUCGGAGCCGGCGGUGUUUGUGGUUAUGUGACGUUCAUUUACAACAUUAUUAAAUGAUUUGAUAUCA